CUCUCCAACUCAAACACACACACACUCAAUCAUGACCACCGCUGCCAGACCGACAUUUGAUCCAGCUCGUGGAAAGGGCAGUCAGGCACCUACACGCAUCUAUAGUUCGCGUGAUCUCGCAUCACAUACCAAACUUAAGUAUAGAAAGUCUGGUCAAACUGCACAAGAUGAACUCAACCGUUUGGAUUUGAAGGCUCAGCUUCUGAAAGCAGAACAGAAUCAUUUUGAAAAAGUCAAGAGGACUACAAAACUGGCCGAAGGUCUUUCGAACUCUUUCAAGGACGACGACGACGACGAUGUUGAUGACAAUAAAGAUACUACAAAAAAGAUUGGAUCAUCAGCAACACGCUCUUCAGAGGAACCAGCGGAAACACCUUUAGAACGGAAACGGAGAUUGUUGAAGGAGGCUGAACGUCUAGAUAAGGACGAUAGUGAUAGCGAUGAUUCUGAUAAGGGAAGCGAUGAAAGUGAUAGUGACGAGAGUGACAGCGAUGAUGAUGAGGAUGACACUGCGGAAUUAUUACGAGAAUUAGAAAAGAUUAAACGUGAGCGUGCGGAAGAGAAGGAACGUCAGGAAAGACUUCAACGUGAAGAAGAAGAAAAAGAAAGGCAAGCUCAGGCAGCAGCAGGAAACCCAUUGUUAAACAUGAACAAUAAUACUGCAGUCAAGGAUUUCUCUGUCAAACGGCGAUGGGAUGAUGAUGUGAUCUUCAAAAACCAAGCCAGAGGUAUUGACGAUAAACCCAAGAAACGGUUUAUCAACGAUACCCUGCGAUCAGAUUUCCAUAGAAAAUUCAUGAACAAAUAUGUUCAAUAA